CACAAACCAACACGCAUUUCUCCAGAUAGAUUAUAUAUACCAUUAAGCUUAAAGGUUGCGCAGUAAUUAACUCACUAAUUAACUGUUCACUUUUUUAAAAAAAUCAAGUCUUAUUAUUGGUCUUGUUAGAGAAAUAAAGAAUUUCUUCAAUUUAUAGGCUGAAUCAUUCUUUCAAAAUGAGGAAGUUUCAGCUCUUCAGCAUUUUCAGCUAUUUCAUAGCUCUGUUUGUUUUUUUGCCUUUGGUUUUUGCCAAUUCUGAGAAAAAUGAAACCGAAAACUAUGGAACUGUCAUCGGUAUUGAUCUUGGUACUACUUACUCCUGUGUGGCUGUUAUGAAGAAUGGUCGUGUCGAAAUUAUUGCCAAUGAUCAAGGUAGCCGUAUUACUCCUUCUUAUGUUGGUUUUACUGAUGAAGAACGUUUGGUUGGUGAGGCCGCUAAGAACCAGGCUCCUGCCAAUCCCGAAAACACGAUUUUCGACAUUAAGCGCCUUAUUGGUCGUAAGUUUGACGAGAAGACUAUGACUAGAGAUGUCAAAUCUCUUCCUUUCCACAUUAUCAAUAAGAAUAACCGUCCUCUCGUUGAAGUUACCUACGGUGGUAAGAAGAAGGAUUUCACUCCUGAAGAAAUUUCUGCCAUGAUUCUUGGUAAGAUGAAGCAAACCGCUGAAACUUACCUUGGUCAACCCGUCACCCACGCUGUUGUAACCGUUCCCGCCUACUUCAAUGACGCUCAACGUCAAGCCACUAAGGAUGCCGGUACUAUUGCUGGUCUUAAUGUUAUCCGUAUUGUCAACGAACCUACUGCCGCAGCUAUUGCCUACGGUUUGGACAGAACUGAUGGUGAAAAACAUAUUAUUGUUUAUGACUUAGGUGGUGGUACCUUUGAUGUUUCUCUUUUGUCCAUUGACAACGGUGUAUUUGAAGUUUUGGCCACUUCUGGUGACACUCACCUUGGUGGUGAAGACUUUGACAACAAGGUCAUCAACUACUUGGCUCGCUUGUAUAACCGUAAGAACAAUGUUGACGUUACUAAGGACGCCAAGUCCAUGGGUAAACUUAAGCGCGAGGUCGAGAAGGCUAAGCGUACUUUGUCUUCUCAAAAGUCGGCUCGUAUUGAAAUCGAUUCCUUUUACGAUGGUAAAGACUUCUCUGAAACUUUGUCUCGUGCCAAGUUUGAAGAAUUGAACAUGGACCUCUUCAAGAGAACCUUGAAGCCCGUUGAACAAGUUUUGAAGGAUUCUGGACUCAAGAAAUCUGAAGUUGAUGACAUUGUACUCGUCGGCGGUUCUACUCGUAUUCCUAAGGUUCAAGAACUUUUGGAGAACUUCUUCACUAAGAAGGCUUCUAAGGGCAUUAACCCCGAUGAGGCUGUGGCUUACGGUGCCGCUGUUCAAGCUGGUGUUUUGUCUGGCGAAGAGGGAAGUGAUAACAUUGUACUUUUGGAUGUUAUCCCCUUAACUUUGGGUAUCGAAACUACCGGCGGUGUUAUGACUCAACUUAUCCGUCGUAACUCUCCCAUUCCCACUCGUAAGUCUCAAAUUUUCUCUACCGCAAGUGACAACCAGAAUACCGUUUUGAUUCAAGUAUUUGAAGGUGAACGUACGAUGACCAAGGACAACAACCUACUUGGUAAAUUUGACUUGCGUGGUAUCCCUCCCGCUCCACGUGGCGUUCCCCAAAUUGAAGUUACCUUUGAAGUUGAUGCUAACGGUGUUUUGACCGUUUCUGCCGUCGACAAGUCUGGUAAGGGCAAGGCUGAGAAACUUGUUAUCAAGAAUGAUAAGGGUCGUUUGUCCGAGGAAGACAUCGAGCGUAUGGUUAAAGAAGCCGAGCAAUAUUCCGAAGAGGACAAGAUGUUGAAGGAGCGUAUUGAAGCUCGUAAUGGUCUUGAAAACUACGUUUACGGCUUGAAGACCCAGUUCACUGAUAAAGAACAGUUGGGUGGCAAGGUUAACGAUGAGGACAAGCAAGCUGUUUUGGACGCCGUUGAGGAUGUUAUUGAAUGGCUUGAGGUUGAAGGUGCUGAUGCAUCUAAGGACGAAAUUGAUGAUCAACGCCAAAAGGUUGACACCGUCGUUCAUCCUAUCACUCAAAAGCUUUACUCUGAAGGAGCUGGCGCUGGCGAGGAAGAUGAGGACUUUGAUGAUGCUGAUGAACUUUAAAAUAUUUGAUGUGGAUUCAUCGUUCAAAAAUUUUCAUGCACUAAUAUGACACUAAAUCUUAAAGAAUAUUAAGGUUUCGAAUAAUUUUAUUAAUGUUUCUCUAGAAAUGAUUUAUGAUUAAAUCAGUUAUUUUUUAAUGAGUUUAACUACAGCAUUCAUUCUCUUAUUUUUUUUGAAAGCUGGAUAACUGAAUUAGCUGUCCGUCCGUAAUUAAUAUCAGUGCAUGUUAUUCCUUUUCUGAACGAUCACCCUUGGAAAGCCGUUAGCUUGGUUGAUGUACUUUUUGCCAAGUUAACUGGUGCUGAAGUUAUCUUUGCGAAUAGUACGUAUAAUUUAGCUAACGUCUUUUGAGUUGUGAAUCGUCUAGAACCCAGUCUAAGUCGGAAAUCGUGUAUAACAAUUCAUUCCUUUGUUAUUAGCAUGAAGAGUAUUUAGUCUCUAAUUAAAAUAAUACAUUCUUUUAUCUUUUAUAAAUAUGUGAGCCUG